GCUGAGAUUGUAGGGUUUUGUGGUGGAGGAGGUGAGAAGAAAGCUCGACUGAGGAGUGAAAGCCGUGGGGAAAGGAGGCGGAAAGGAAGCUAAGAGUCGCGGACGUGUAGUCAAAGGGGAGCGAACGUUGAACGGAUCGCUCUCCCCACAAGGCUUUUUGACAGCAAAAAGUGCGUCAAAAAGUCGAAACUGCUCUUUCCACCACCCUCCUCUUCGCCUGCCAACAGUAUUCAGCUGACAACAAUAACAAUCAGAGGAUCAGUCGGAGAGCCACGAAUGAGGCAACGGUAAAUUGGCAUUGGCGAUAUUAAUUUGUUUGGAACGGUUAACAGUGGUGUGGGUUUACUUCAAUUGAGAAAAGAAAAUCACAAGGGUCAAGUUUGACAGUUGGCCACUGAAUUGGAUUAUUGAGAGACAGAUUGUAAACAUCAUCUAAUUAAGUGAAUUAAUCACGGCUCUGGUUGGUUGGAUUUUGGGUUGCAAAAAAGAGUUGCAGUGAAAUUGCGUGGAUUGUUGAAUUGUCAAAAUUGCGAGUGACACGCGGCGGAGGUAUUUCUACACCUCUCUCAGUCGCCUGAAUGACGAAGGAGCUCCAGUUAGAAGAGGAUCUUCAAGCAGCGAGUAGUGCUUCUGCUGCGAAGAACAUCGACUCGGCGUUGUACCACAAGUCUUCUGAAGCUUUAAAUGUUGGUGGUUCGCAAUCCCAUGUUCCAGCGUCUCUACCGAUAACUGCAGAAACUCCAGAGUCUUGCCAAUCGUCUCAGAGCUUCAUCAGCUCUCCUCCAGCGUCCAAGAUGAUUCGCAGAAGUAGUAAGAGUGAUUUGAGGGGUGGGUACAAAUGCACAAUUAGAUUACUGGACGAUAACGAGAUUUUGCAGUGCGAUUUUCUGACUCAUCACAAGGGGCAGUAUUUAAUGGAUUAUGUCUGCCGGCAGUUAAACAUUGCAGAGAAAGACUAUUUUGGUCUACGCUAUGUGGAUUCCAAUAAACAAAGGCACUGGCUGGAUCUGGGAAAAUCUAUCAUCAAACAGAUGAAAGAUAAUGCAUACAUCCUCUGUUUCCGGUUUAAAUUCUACCCACAGGAUCCAAUGCUUCUCAAAGAAGAAGUUACCAGAUAUCAACUGGUAUUACAAUUACGAAGAGAUGUUCUUCAUGGACGAUUAUUUUCCACGUUGUCCGACAUGGCUACGAUUGUGUCAUUUAUUUUGCAAUCCGAACUUGGAGACUACGAUUUAAGUGUCCACACAGGAAAUUAUGCCGCAGAAUAUGAGCUAAUUUCUAGGCAAACCCAAGAUUUGGAAGAAAAGGCGAUGGAGCUGCAUCAAAAAUUGCGUGGCUUAACUCCUACUGAAGCUGAUACUUUGUUUCUUAAAAAAGCCGCAUCCUUAGAUACAUAUGGAUUGGACCCAUGUCCUGUCAAAGAUCAGCAAGGGGAACAAUUAUAUUUGGGCAUUAACUACACCGGAAUCAGAAGCCAAGAGAUGAACAACUACCGUAAAGUUACUCACUUCAAAUGGACCCAAAUUACAAAGCUCAACUAUGAAGCCAAAAUGUUCAUUAUUCAUCUCUCCAUUCCAGAAGAUUCCAGGAUCAAGAAAAAGGAGACCGUUGGUUUCAAAUGUCUAACUUCCAGUGCUUGCAAAUUCUUGUGGCGUUCUGCUGUGGAACAAAGAUUGUUUUUCAAUUGUGGUUCUGCGACAGACGUUCCAAAUUCUGUGCGUGGUGGCGGAAUUUUUGGUUCGAGAGUACGGUAUCAUGGAAGGGUCCAAAGAGAGAUUUUAGAAGACCCAGGCCCGUUGCGUGCAUCCGAUGCGGUGAUACAAAGGACCCCUUUAUAUCGGUCAUUGCAGAGAAACAAAACUAGAAGUUUGCCUCAUAGCCCCACUCACCCAGGUUACGAUAGUUUGCCACGAUCUAACCAUUCUGCCCCACCAAUGGAUGGAGCCAGAUUGGACGCAACAAUGAUGGGUACUUUGGGGUCUUCGACAUCUCUGCCACUGUCGACUUUGUCAUCGCCAUACUACCCGGAACACACGCUGCCAAUGUUAGAGACGCUGCGAGAAUCUGAAGAUUCUCCUAGAGUAGAGGAGAAAGGAAAAGGAUCAAAGCUUACUCGGAAUGACAGUAUUCGAUCUACCUCGUCCAUUAUGUCGUCCGUCUCAAUGGAUGAUCCUGAUUUAAGUUUCCUUCAAACUCGUGUCCUGACAAAAGAAGAUGCUCAAUUGCUGGGCAGCAAAGAGGUGCUCACGAUUAUUUCCGAAGAACGUGAGGAUGAUCAGGAAGCAAAUAAUGUUAAAAAUAUUGCAAAUGGCCAUUCUCGAGUAUUAUAUCCACACAAAAAAUCUUCGCAUAACCAAAUCGAAGAUCUCAAGGUUUCAAACGGAGUAGACCCUCUUUUAUCUAAUUCGCGUGAUACUGAUUCUGCGUUUGCAUACAAUGAAGGAGGAGGGGAUGCAAUUGCAACUGAAGCAUUACGCGAAACCAAAAUUGACAACUUGUCGUCACUUGGGAAACCGAAACAUGGAUUUGCUGCAAUGUGGAAAAUCUUUAUCGUGUGCUUCAUUUGUGUCAUUGUUGCGUUAUUGCUUGUAGCUAUUAUGGUGAUUGAAUUGGAUGUGGAUUUGUGCAGACGAAUGCGUCACAUUCCAGAAGUUGAAUAUUUUCAGUAUGAAGUCUACCAGCCCUUUAAAUCAUAUAUGAAAGCCAAACUUCAUGGAAUUGAACAUUUUAAUUAAUUUUUACCUCAAUCUUUUAUUAUCUAUUGUGACAACAUUUAUUUUCGCAUAUUUUCAUGAACCCUCCCUCAAGUUCUACUUGUCUUUCAAUAAUUUAUGAACCUAGAGAUUAGUUUGCUGUGUUCAACAAUAAUCUUUAGUAAGGUUAAUUGAAAUUGGAUUGGUAUUGAUAUUAACUAGCUAAUAUCCUUUGAUAUUAAUCUUGUUAGCAUUGAGAUGUCAUUGAGUUCAUUAAUUGUUAUAUCCUGUGCAAUAGUUUGCAUAUUUUUUAGACCUAGGAUUCGCGUGUCAACAAAUAUGAAAGUUUUGUGCAAAGGUUUUUAAACAGCGCCACCUUACUUCCUUUUCUUUCUUAUUUGUUUCUUUAUUUUUUGUCCGAGUACAGGAAAGAAUGACGACAAGGCAACGCUGUUUAAAUACCUUGUGUAAUUGGCGGUCAUCAACAUGGCCUGCUUCAGAGUCCAUGCUAUUAUCACGAUUUCCAUCAAAUUUAAAUUAUGAUUGGCUAGAAAUAGUUAAGUGCUAAGUCAAUUUUGAAAAAUAACUGACUCAAGAAAUCGGAUUCGAUCGUGCUGAUAGCAUGCACUCUUGAGCACGCUUAUGUCUUGUUAACUUAUUAAUUCUAUUUACCAGUAAACUCAUAAAAAGACAAGUAAUACUUCGAAGAAAAACGUACGAGGUUAUCGUUCUCAGACUAUUCUAACACUUCCAAGAAUUUGUACUCUAUGACCCAACAACUCCCUCAAACGUGCGAAUAUCUUGAAAUUCGUCAAAAAUCCAAAUUUGAUAAUUGUUAUACUUUUUAGUCCCAGUUGUAUUUAAUAUUGAUCUGUGCUAAUUAAGUUCAGCUAUUUUUAUUGACUCAAGUAUUGAAAAUACAAAGGUUGACGUGUAGUUGGUAGUGGUUUUCUUUUCGCCAUUUUAGGGUGCAAAUUGGGCCAUUGAGUCAAACCACUUUCAUACACUUAAGACAUAUCCUACCGAAAUGUAACACUGAGAACCUCGUACGUAUUUCUCCUUUGUGGAUUUUGCUAUAUUAUAUUGUCAGCUUCAGCAAUAACCACGGUGUGAUCAUGACCAGCCUGUAAUCAUUAAUGGUGAAAAUAUGUACAUUUUACAAAUCUCAGAACUUUAAUCUCAGCUUUCAAAAUACUUAAAAUUAGCAAGCCAAUGGGUUGUUACAUAUGUGUAUAUUAUAAAAGACGUGUUGCAAUAAGGUUGUAUAGACAUUAUCUAACUGCAAAAGUCGAAGAAUUCAUAAGUUAUAGUGAGGGUAUUCGUUAUUUCUUCGUAUCCGUAGUAUCGUAAAAUAGUUUACGAAGAUAAAACAAGGGGUCAGCUUUCGUAAAAAUCUUAGGGUAUUUUAGUCUUUGACUUGGUUUUUAAAUGUUUGUUGAACAUAUAAAAUACAUAAUACGUCCCUUUAGUACAAGACAGUAAUAAAUAAGUAAUUGGAUACGAUUGUCUCAACGACAGCUGCAUAAUUUUCUAUGAGAAACAACUUCAAGCUUUUGAGUGUUGAAUUCUGGUGGACUCAAUCAACAGUAUUAUUACGAAUCUGGAGAUUAUUAUUACCGAAUUAUUACUAUAUUUUUUUAUAUUUUAAAUUCGAAUUGUGUUUUGUGAUAUCUCUGAUGGCUUUAAUUUUUUAAUUUGACGAUCAAUUUUUCUCUGCAUUUUAUGUUGUUCAACUCUGUAACGUGUUGUGAUGCUAUAAAAAUAAAAAUAUUAAGCAACU